AGCAGGGGAGCUUUUAGACAUCGGACUGUCAAAACACACCACCGUAUCCAUUUCCUCUACGAGUACAAAUCCCAUUCACCCUGCCUGCACUGCACGCACCUGCAGAUUACAGUUAGGUUCCAUUCACUUGUUUGGAACAACAAUAAUUCAACCCAGGGAAACAUGACGGUUUUCUCCUCCUUCAGCAGAGCGUUCCAUGCCCACUCCUCCUCCAAGCUUCUGGUUCUCUUCUCUGUCAGUAGUGGAGGCCUUGUGGCAUUAUCGGAGUCACAGGCAGAAAGUGACAGGCCCAAUGCUGAGCUUUGUCAAACAGAAUCCAAAAAGAGGGUGGUGGUGCUUGGGACAGGCUGGGCCGGCAUUAGUUUUCUUAAGGGUCUGAAUAGUUCAAUGUAUGAUGUUCAGGUGGUUUCUCCUCGUAACUAUUUUGCAUUCACUCCUUUGUUACCUAGCGUCACAUGUGGAACAGUGGAGGCACGGAGUAUCGUGGAGCCAAUUCGAAAUAUGAUAAAGAAGAGAAGUGUUGACAUUAACUUUUGGGAAGCAGAAUGUCUCCAGAUUGAUGCAGAGAAUAAAAGAAUUUUCUGUCGUUCUAAUCUGGAUGAGAACUUAGUGGGAAAUAAUGAAUUCUACCUAGAAUACGAUUAUCUUAUCAUUGCAGUUGGUGCUCAAGUAAAUACUUUUAACACACCUGGUGUCUCAGAGUACUGCUAUUUUCUGAAGGAAGUAGAGGAUGCUCAAAGGAUCCGCAGGAGUGUGAUAGAUUGUUUUGAAAAGGCUGUACUUCCUGGCCUGAGUGAGGAAGAGCGAAGAACAAACGUCCACUUUGUUAUUGUUGGUGGGGGUCCAACUGGUGUGGAAUUUGCUGCAGAGCUGCAUGACUUUGUCCAGGAAGACUUGAUCAAGUUGUAUCCUUCAGUUAAAGAUCUAGUGAAGAUAACAGUUAUUCAAUCGGGAGAUCACAUCUUAAACACGUUUGAUGAAAGAAUUAGUUCAUUUGCUGAACAAAAAUUUGGGAGGGAUGGCAUUGAAGUUUUAACUGGAUCUCGGGUUAUAAGUGUUUCUGAUAAACUUAUUAACAUGAAGAUGAAAGGAGAGGUUUUGUCCAUGCCGCACGGAAUGGUGGUUUGGUCAACUGGAGUUGGGGCUCGUCCAGUUGUGAAGGACUUCAUGGAACAAAUUGGCCAGGGUAAUAGACGUGUUCUAGCCACCGAUGAAUGGUUGCGAGUAAAAGGUUGCCGAGAUGUGUAUGCUCUUGGAGAUUGUGCUACUGUAGAUCAACGUAAAAUCAUGGAAGAUAUCUUGACCAUAUUUAAGGCUGCUGACACGGACAACUCUGGCACCCUAAGCAUGGAAGAAUUUCAAGCUGUAGUUGAAGACAUCCUUGAAAGGUAUCCCCAAGUGGAACUCUUUUUAAAGAGCAAGCAUCUGCCUCACGUGACAGAUCUCCUGAAAGAUGCCGAGGGAAAUGAAAGACCAGAAGUUGAUUACGAAGAGUUCAAGUCUGCCCUUAGUCUCGUUGAUUUGCAGACAAAGUGUCUUCCUGCAACUGCUCAGGUUGCUGCUCAACAAGGUGCAUAUCUUUCCCGGUGCUUUAAUCAUCGGAAGCAAUGCGAAACUAAUCCAGAAGGCCCUCGCCGCUUUAGACUUUCUGGGCGCCAUCAAUUCCAUCCAUUCCAGUACAAGCAUCUUGGACAAUUUGCAACUCUUGGUGGGGAGCAGGCGGGAGCUGAGCUACCCGGAGACUGGGUUUCUGUGGGUCACAGCACCCAGUGGCUGUGGUACUCUGUAUAUGCAAGCAAGCAAGUCAGCUGGCGUACAAGGUUCUUGGUGGUUUCUGACUGGACGAGGAAAUUCAUUUUUGGCAGAGAUUCCAGCCGUAUCUGAAGCGACAACUGGGCGGGGCUCUUUGUUUUUUCUGAAGCUUUGAUGCUUCUGCAUUUCUGUAGAAUAACACUGUUGAUUUAUGAUUCAAAAUAAAUUGAUAUAUUUUAUAUACAUUUGGAUUUCAUUUCAUGUGCA